CCAGGGACUCAAAAACCUGAAGAAAGUCCGGGGAGACGGAGAAGGGGAAGUGCCCUUUAGGAAAUGAAAUUAAGUGACCAACCUAUGUCUACGUGAUUUGGGCUUUGGCCGGCCUCCUUCUGGGCGUAAUCUUCGGUAUAUAAACUUUAGAGGCAGGAAGGAUCCAGGAUACAGUUCUCAGCUUUGCCAACAGUCACUCCAAUACCUGGUCAUCCUCUUUGACCUCCACCCCAAAAGCCGCAGUCAUGAGCUUCUUACAACUCAUGAUGAAAAAGAAAGAACUUAUUCCUUUGAUCGCAUUUGUGAGUUUUGCUGGAGUUGGAGCAGCCUGCAUGUCCGUAUACUCCCUUUUCAAAACUGAUGUGAUUGUUAACAAACAGAAAAAUCCAGAACCAUGGGAAAAUGUGAAUCCCUACGAGCCUCAGAAGCUUUUCACAAUUAACCAAAAGUGGGAGCCUGUUGAAGAGCUGCAGACUGUCAAACAGUUGACCAAAUGAAGAGUCUUCAUCUAAAUCGCACUCUAUGAAUCUAGUGGAAACAUUUCUGCACAAACUAGGCUACUGAAACCAGUGUGCGGAAGUGCUUCUACUACAUUUUUAGGGUCUCCCUACAUUUUUGGACUCUGAAGGAGGAAUUCCAUUUUGUAUAAAAUAUAUGUAGUUCAUUAAAGUGUUCUUGAGGAUUUUUUGCAUUUA